AUGGAGGAAGGGGAUGUUCCAUUGGGAACAGAAUCGGAAAGCUUCUCCAGUAGUUUCACUCCAGUGCGACGCGAUGAAUCAACGUUGAAUAACGGCCGACUUGAUCAGGAUAUUGAAAAGGAUUGGACUACAGCUCGAUGCAAUCGUUUAUUACGGCCUUUAACCUCCCGGAUUGCAAUUCUGCGUAAGAAUAAACAGAGCUCCCUCAACUGUGUAAACGCCCAACCUAAAAAGGGCAAAUCGCUCUUUGAUAACAACAUCGAUGCAUCAGACGAUCCAAUCUGGGGCGUUCGAAAGAGGAUCGGUACGACGUAUAGCGGGAAAUCAACAUGUAAAAGAAGAGACACCAGAGGACCGGGGCGACAGGUCGACGUCUCAGAACCUUCUCUCCAGCUACCACCAUAUGGGAGAGUGGUAUCCUUAACUGAUCUUUCAACUGAAGAUAUUGCAGUUCCAACGCCAGUACUUAACCGAGCAUGGAGACCAUCUGCACCGUGGAGACAAACCAACCCACCCUAUCUCCCAAUAUGGACUAUUCCUGAGGAUUGCCAACAAAGGAGGCCAAAGUCUAUUCUAGCUACGGAUGCGCCUAUCCGCGCUCGCCCAACAGGUAAUAGCGCUCAAGUUUUGAACAAGAUGCGGGCUACAAUGGGUGCUACUAGCUUUCAUACUCUAGAAGGUAUUUAUAAUGGCCUUGAUGCAUUACUGAAGGCAACACGUUCUACUACACAUAAGAAUCACAGAAGAGGACCCAAAUCAUUGCUAUCUAUGUGCCUCACAACAGUACCAAAGUGUAUUACCAUGGAGGAAAAAUUGUUAUUUAGUGAGAUCAAGAAUGUAGGUUCUUACUCGGCCAUUGAAAAGAGGGAUAUCUCUACAGAGACUUACGAUGAACUCGAGCGGUUAUUUGAUGUAUCUGAUCGGGGCUGGAAACACCUUCGAAUACUCGUUCGAGCUCAUGGUGUUCAGAUAAUUUGCGAUGCAAUUUUGGAAGGGCUUUUGGAAUUCAACUUUAGUGAACUACUCGUCGAUCUUUGUAUAUAUUCAGGACAUUACGACGAAGCAGAACUAUUACUUUCAAGUCUACUUUCAGUAUAUAAGUCUCCUGCUCCAAACCAAAGAGCUCAAAAUCAUGCGUUGCCUGGGCCACUGGCCACGCUUCGUAGCUUCGUCGAAGAGACAGUUCGUACAGGGUUUGCAUAUCGACAAUUCUCCUUGUUAAUUCAAAGUGGAAACCUUCCACUCCCAUGGGUAGCAACAUCAGCAUUUGCCCCGGUAUGGACUGGUUUGAUGCAGGAUUUAUCAUUGAAUCAUACGAGAGCAGAUGCUACGAUGCUCGUGGAUGCCAUGCUGCCACGCCUUGUAAAUUACGUGGCACUGCCUAACUCCUCGACGGAUACGGGCUUUCAUGAAAUAUGCAGAUCAACAUUGUUAAGCGUGCUGACAACGAUUACAUCCAUCAUACUCCUCAGUAGGGGUGAAGGGGAGCUUGAAGGCGAAGAUGAGGGUGCGGGAAAAUUACCGGUGGCAAUGGACACACCGGUGGGAUAUUUGACUCAACAUGAAAUACAGGAGUUUGACCACUUCAGCAUCAUUAGCAAUACUCAUUACAAGCUUUUGAAGAAUUGUCUCGAGAUCGUCGGGCGUAACAACAAGGAAAAUGCUCUCAGAAGUACUAUUUUUUCCCUGGCAUGUCUAGUGACUGAGCCUAAUGCAGAUGAUAUCCCAGAUUUCAUUAUCAACUCUCUGUACGAGACGUGUGUAGAAGACGCAGGGAAUGCAAAGUCAAAUAUCGAAGCCCCUUUUUCGUUUGUCCAAAAGCCGUUAUCUGCCUACGAUGAGGCUGUUAAGUUUUUAACUUCAGUGGCUCGUUGUUGUGGAAAAGGAGCUUCUACCUCUGGUUUCGAACAUCUCCAGUAUAUACAUCGGAGACUCAAAAAGGUGAAUACAGGUAGAGAUUUAAAGGCGAGGGCAAUCUGGCAUGGGUUUGUUGUGGAUAGCGCAUUUGCCUUCGCACGAGUGACACCGGGCCAAAAAUACCUCGACUACGCGGAUUCUAUGGAUAGCGAGCUCCAUGCAGGUGGCCCAAAGAGGCCGGAAUUGACGACAACAGAGGCUCGCCGUGAAUCGACAAAUUUUAGGUGGGAAGAAGGCAUAAGCUCUUGGGUAACAACAACACCUGCCACCAAUAUCAACAAAGCCAAAGGCAUGACUACCGACUUUGAGAAUGAAGAAGUCGAGCUUGAAUCGCCUUCAAUUGUCCGCUCACAACGACCUAUACGAUUAAGUCGAGGAACAAAGAGGAAACGUGAUAAUAUUGACCACGAACAAUCUACCGGGCCAGAAAUGCAAGCACCAUCAAGAACUCAAAUGGGAACAGGAAGAGGGAACGCCGCAUCCUUAGGCAUCUUCUAUAACAAUAGCAGUGACGAUGAACUCAGCUUCAGCCAUGGAUCAUUCGAAAAUCAUCGUGUUUUGAAAGAUCUCGGAAACGCGGCACCUCGAAGUCGAUUUAAAUUGGUCAAUACUAAGCGACAAAAAGAAAAUCCACUCACCAGGGAACAGUCGCCAUUCAGUGAAGAUGAAUUGGGUAUGUGA